GAGAGUCAAGAAUAACGAGAGAGACAGAAUAGAGGGAGUUCUAUUGUAUCUCCGUCAAAGAUGGCGAAGGCCAAGCAAAAGUAUAUAAUUACGUGAAAAAUACGUUCAAAUUGUGUGUGGAGUCGUGAUUGGCUGGAAAACUCGGAUGGUGGUUCGACAUUUGCCUUGAUAUUUUUCUUCUUAAAUAUACGCGAAUAAAUCUAAUCCGAUGUCCGAAUAUUUUGAUUCAAUCUACCCGAGAUCGCAUUAUCAGAGCCGUAAUCGUUCUUCAAAGCGUGCGCGUUUCGAUUCCCCGUUCUUUCGGUGUAAAAUAAACCAUCUACAGACGCACAAUGGCGGAUUCAUUGCAUAAAGAUGGAUACGAAAACUCAGCUAGUUUGACUAUGCGUUCUAGCAGUGGUAAUAUUGGAUCGGAUAGUGACAUGAAACUGGAGCCAUCCAGCCCUACAGAAAAAUAUACAUUCUCCCGAUGUGGUAGCACAGGAUCAGUGAACACUCCGUCUUCAUCCGCUCAUAAUACAGAGGAUGAAGACAGCGAUAACAAAAAUUCCACCAUAAGCUACAAAGAACGCAGGAGGGAAGCUCAUACGCAAGCUGAGCAGAAGAGACGAGAUGCUAUCAAGAAGGGUUAUGACUCUCUUCAAGAUUUGGUUCCCACUUGUCAGCACACAGAUUCAUCAGGUUAUAAGAUUUCCAAGGCUACGGUGCUUCAAAAAUCCAUUGAUUACAUACAGUUUUUACUGCAACAGAAGAAGAAACAGGAAGAAGAACGUAAUGCAUUAAGAAAGGAAGUUGUUGCAUUACGCAUUAUGCAAGCUAAUUAUGAACAGAUUGUCAAAGCGCAUCAAACGCAACCGGGACACGCGGAGAUGCGUAUUUCGGACGAGAUGAAAUUUCAAGUGUUUCAGGCAAUAAUGGAUCGCCUUUUCCAAACGUUUAAUAACGUUUCUGUAGCUAACUUUGCGGAAUUAUCUGCAUGUGUGUUCAGUUGGUUGGAGGAGCAUUGUAAACCUCAGACUCUACGCGAAGUGGUACUUUCUGUACUGCAGCAACUCAACAGUCAGAUUAACUAGUCAAAUGUAUCUUCAAGAAAGAUACACAUUGCACAAUCUCUUCGAAGAAUUCAUUAGUUUCGUAUAUCUAUUGAGAAUAUAUGUCUAGAAAUUUCAAGAUUUUGAAAUCAAAUAUACACGUGUCUUUGUUUUUCUAUUUGAUUAGUGAUAGUGAAUGCUCGAUAAACAAUAUAAGCGAAAUUAAAACAUUCGAAUUAUUACUAAAUUUCUAAUACUAAAAUUUUAAUUAGUACUAAAAGUGAAUGAGAGAUAUUGGUUGUUUUUCCAUUACAUUCUCUGCAUCAAUGCAAUUUUUUGACUAGUUAAUAUAUAAAUCUGGAUUUUAUAUUCCAUACAUCUUGUUAAAAAGGCUUCAAAAUGUGAUCUCUUAAUUGCACCCAAUGAGCAUUUGAUCUUUUUAAACAGAUUUAUUACGUAAUAAAAUCAAUUAUUCGAGAAGUUUUUAAUU